AUGCUGGCAACGUUCCAAACGCUCAUCGAGAACGAGCUCAAGGGUCGAAAGAAGGAGACAGUAGUUCAAGAUGCUGGUGCGCAUGCCCCUGCCGAGGCCCGGCAGGUAUGGGCGUGGGGAGGGAGGAGCGAGGAAGUAGCUGUGCUCCUGUCAGGAGGAGUUGAUUCCUCUGUCGCACUGGAGCUCGUUCGGCGGCAGGGCUUCAAGCCUCGUGCCUUCUACUUGCGGAUAUGGCUGGAGGACGAGCUAGCACACCUUGGAGAGUGUCCGUGGGAGGAGGACUGGAGUUACGCUUCCUCUGUGGCAGAGCAGCUCAAAGUGCCGCUGGAGUCGAUAUCGCUGCAGGAGGAGUACUGGGAGCAGGUGGUGGAGUACCUGAUCAGGGAGGCGAAGAUGGGGAGGACGCCGAACCCUGACAUCAUGUGCAACAGCAGGAUCAAGUUCGGCAUGUUCGAGGAGUACGUGGGGAAGCAUUUCAGCCGCGUUGCCUCGGGUCACUAUGCAGUGAGCUGCCACGAUGACGUGGGGACAAGGCCGUCCCGGCUGAUGAUGUCACCUGACAAGGUCAAGGACCAGACUUACUUCCUGUGCAACCUGCGUCAGGAUCAACUCAAGCACGCCCUCUUCCCUAUAGGAGGCUACACCAAGGAGAAGGUGCGGGAGUUGGCGAGGGAGUUCAACCUGCCGACGCAGAGGAGGAAGGACAGCCAAGGGAUCUGCUUCCUGGGCAAGCUCAAGUUCGAAGACUUCGUCGGGCAUCACCUCGGAGAAGACCCGGGCCCUGUCAUUGACUUCCACACAGGCCGGGAGCUAGGGGAGCACCGAGGCCUCUGGUUCUACACGAUCGGGCAGCGGAAGGGACUGGGAAGCGCUACUAGGAAGGUUACUCACCUUGGACCCUGGUUUGUAGCCGGCAAAGACAGGGAAAGGAACAUGCUGUACGUGUCCAACCAGUAUGACGUCAUCGAGGGUCCAAGAAGAAGUUUCGAUGUGGAGCAGAUUAACUGGAUGGCUGGGAGCCUCCCGGAGGACGAUGCGCUGCGGCUACGGAUCAAGACUCGCCAUGGCCCCAACAUUCACGACGGGCUGCUCACUCUGUCCCAGGGGAAACUCAGUGGGCGUGUCUCGCUCGACGGGAGAGACUCUGGGCUGGCGCCCGGUCAGUGGGCGGCGCUGUAUGAUGGGGAGGAGUGCAUAGGAGGGGGGAUGAUAGCUGACUCUACCUUCCUUACCAAGCCGGAAGAGGAGGAGGAGGAGAAUGGAGAACUUGCUGUUGCCUUCGGGGAGGACAAGUGA